AUGUUUGAAGCACGAUUAGUUCAAGGAAGUUUAAUGAAAAAAUUCAUGGAAGCGAUUAAAGAUUUGGUCAAAGAAGCCAAUUGGGAUUGUACAGGCACGGGGAUCAGUUUACAAGCCAUGGAUACAAGCCAUGUUAGUUUAGUAUCGUUGCUACUACGUAGUGAUGGCUUUGAUCCUUAUCGUUGUGAUAGGAAUAUUUCCUUGGGUAUUAACAUGGAAAGUAUGGCCAAGAUAAUGAAAUGCGCUAGCAAUGAUGAUGUCAUCACCAUUCGUUCAGAAGAUCAUCCUGAUAAUGUAACAUUUGUCUUUGAGAGUCCAAAUCAAGAAAAAGUCUGCGACUACGAAAUGAAAUUGAUGGAUAUUGAUAGUGAACAUUUAGGCAUUCCCGAUACUGAAUAUGAUGCUAUCAUAAGUAUGCCAGCUUCGGAAUUUCAAAGAAUCUGCCGCGAUCUAUCUAAUAUUGGCGAUUCAGUUAAAAUUACUUGCAAUAAAGAUGGCGUCCAGUUUUCCGCCCAAGGAGACACUGGUAUUGGUAAAAUUGCUUUGAAGCAAAAUGCUGUCAUUGACAAGGAGGAUGGACAAGUUUCAAUCGAAUUAAAUGAUCCAGUGUCCUUAACAUUUGCUCUUCGGUAUUUGACCUUCUUUACUAAAGCGACACCUUUGGCUUCAACAGUUACCCUAUCAGUCUCUGCAAAGAAUCCAGUGGCUGUGGAAUAUCGUGUUGAUGACAUCGGCUAUAUAAGAUAUUACCUGGCUCCAAAAAUUGAAGAAGAAGAGGAGAAUUAA